AUGUAUGGCCUCUUGAUGGAAGCUAUCGUCCACUACGUCAAGGAGAACUUUGGCGAGGGCGUAUGGCUUGAUGUUAGGCGACUGGCAAACAUUCAGCAAGUCACCUUUGCGACACACGAGCGCUACAGCGAGAAACUGGUACCAAACAUCGCUAAAGCCCUCUCUGAUAUCACGGGCAUACCGUACAAUGGUAUCAUGGAUGCGUUUGGUGUAUGUUUCGUGUCGUUCGUCGGCCAAUACGGAUACGACAGGAUAUUGAAGGUGCUCGGUCGCAACAUGACAGACUUUCUCAACGGUCUGGACAAUCUUCAUGAAUACCUUCGCUUUAGCUACCCUAAGCUCCGUCCGCCUUCUUUUUUCGUUGAAGAGGAGACUGUGUCCGGUUUGACGCUUCACUAUCGCAGCAAACGUAAAGGAUACGUACACUACGUUAAGGGACAAAUCCGCCAAGUUGGGGCGAUGUUCUACAACACCAAAGUGGACAUCGACGUCAUCAGCGAAGAGGACACGGACAACAUGACACACGUGAUCAUGAAGUUGCAUUUCGACAACACUGCAUUCAAGGAAAUUCAAGAAAAGAAAAAUGUCUACUCAGAAACUCUUCCGCUAAGCUCCGAUGUGUUCUAUGAACUUUUUCCGUUUCAUAUUGUGUUUGCCGAAAACAUGCAGGUCCGGAGCGCUGGAGACGGCCUUCGAGCAGUGUUUCCGGAUAUGGUUGGACAGAGAGUAACGGACGUAUUUUCUAUGGUGCGACCGUUGGUUCCCUUUUCUUGGCACAGUAUAUUGGCUCACACAAAUAAUGCUUUUGAGUUGCUGUCACUUAAAACUGUCUCUAGAAGAAACGACUACGAAAGGGACAGUGACGAAUCGAAUAUGGACGGCUACGCUAUUCACCUAAAAGGACAGAUGAUGUAUAUGCCUGACUGGAGGGCAAUCAUGUUCCUUGGAACGCCCAUAUUGGAAAGCAUAGACAUCAUGUUCAAAACGGGCCUUUACAUCAACGAUCUGAGCAUGCACGACUCCAGUAGGGACCUCGUCUUAGCCGGCACGCAGCAAUCCGCCGAGCUCAAACUCGCCUUAGAUCAGGAGCAGAAGAAGAGCAAGAUACUGCAGGAGAGCAUGCACAAGUUGGACGAGGAGAUGCGGAGGACGGACUCACUGCUCUAUCAGAUGAUUCCCAAACAAGUGGCCGACAGGCUUCGCAGUGGGGAGCCAGCGAUCACCACCUGUGAGGUAUUCGAGAACGUAACGAUUCUGUUUAGUGACGUUGUUGGUUUUACCCGCAUCUGUAGUCAGAUCUCUCCAAUGGAGGUGGUAUCUAUGCUUAACGCUAUGUACACCAAGUUCGAUCAGUUAAGCGAGCGGCAUAACGUCUAUAAGGUUGAGACGAUAGGAGACGCGUACAUGGUCGUGUCCGGCACUCCAGAAAAGACGCGCUACCACGCGCUACACAUCUGCGAUAUGUCUAUCGAUAUGCUUAACGCUAUGUCCGAACUGACGGACCCCUCCACGGACGGAAACAUGAAAAUCAGAGUCGGGGUUCAUUCCGGUAACACGGUUGCUGGUGUGGUUGGGAUCAAAAUGCCGAGGUACUGUCUGUUCGGUGACACCGUAAAUACGGCCUCACGGUUGGAGACCAACGGGGAGGCAAACAAGAUUCACAUCAGUGAAACAACGCGUACAGAGCUUUUGGAUUAUCCAUAUAUCUUAGAGGAGCGAGGAACAGUCACUGUAAAGGGAAAAGGUGAAAUGAAGACGUACUGGCUCCUUGGUAAAGACCCCGUGGAAAGUUCGAUCGCGCACUGUCCGUUUGGUUCCAUACUUCUCGGAGAGCUCUCAAACGUGAAGGGAAGCAAAGACGCAUGUACAGCGACGAAACGGAAAAAUCGCAAUGAAUUCGGCAGUGAACGCCAUGAAGUUCGAUCUCUCUACUCGCCAGUGUCAUUUGAGGACGUCAAACGCUCCAAGUCGUGGAACUCGACCCCUACUGACUCACCCAGCAAACAGAACGUAAACGUUCAAUAUCAAAAUGCCAAAGACUUUCAUCAGGAAAACAGAAUGGUAUCGGCGACCGUUUGUAACAAUCAUACGACACUCACUGUCGAAUCGGAGAACACGUCUAAUAUUCAACGAAUAGAGAACACAAUCCAGUUUGAGGCAGAAGUGAUGAAGCAACCGCACUUGUCCAGCCAUAUAAGUAGAACGUGUGUUAUGUUGUGAGGUCAUGUAGUCGUUUAAUAGUUUAAGAAAGGAUAUAAUUUUUACAUCAAAGAUGGCGAAAACAUUAACGUUUAGUAAAGAAAAAAUGCAUCUGAAAUCAAAAGAGAUAUGGCCCCAAAAAAGUCUUCUUUGAACGCUGUUAGUUCAUCGGAGGAUAGAAGCUGCAAGUUUAAUAGCACACAA